AUGAGCGUAGGGAAGACGAUGGGAAGCGGCGCUAGCAAGGACAAGACCCCGCCGUACCCCCAGAAGACGGCGCGGUACAUGGAGCCCGCCAGCAGCACCGACGUCACCGACAUCAGCUCCGCAAUACCGUCCAUCUCAGACCCGUACGGGACGGACAGGGACCCCCGGCCGGGCAACGGAAUAAAAAACACGGUGGGCACUAAGGACGACGUUGACGAUGAUGAUGAUGAUGAUGGUGCGCGGCUAGACUGUUACGAGGUGGCGCGGAGGAUCGACUACAUCAAGAACGAACUGUCCAAGGGCAGGUACAACAUAGACCUCCAAAAACUGGACCAGUCCAAACUAAAUAAGGACGCAAAGGACGCCAAUAAUAUGCAAACCCUGACAGAAGAACCGACGGAGCCUCUGGGAAAAUUGAUAUUCUUCAAGAGGAUGAGUGUGGCCUCCCCGGAAAAGUUAACUGUGUCGGUGCAGGUAGACUGCAUCCUGGACUGUCUACCCCAGUUCUGCCUGCGUCCCAAAUGUCGUCUGAAAUCUUUGGCCGUCUCCUGCUUGGCGCUCGGCGUGCUGGGGUCGUGUUUAGUCCUGACUGUCUACUCCAAUGAUGUCAAUGUGAUACCAUCGAAGCGAGCCGAAUUUGGAGCAAUAUUUGGUGCAUCCUGGAGUGCAACAAGUUCAGAAGCGACACCAAGCGAAAGAUAUGAAGAACAACAGGAACACAAUUCUUUUGCUACAGGGAAGGACUGGCAAAUGAACAAGACGGCACUGUUACACUUGAGGCAACAUCUUGACCCGUUACAAACGGCCAAGACAUUUGUACUUAGCCAAGAGGACUCCGCCAAGAAAAGGAGAGUCCCGUUCCUGUUCAGACCCGGACCCAAAGACUCACUGUACAUGAAAGACGACAUGUACUACAGUCUGCCAAAGGUCAGUCCCUUCAGUGGUCGGUCGCUAGGCGUGUGCAGUUUGGUUGGCAACGGCGGCAUCUUGACUGGAAGCAACUGCGGUGACCAAAUAGAUUCUAGUGAUUUCGUGAUCAGGUUCAACAUGGCACCAGUGUGCCCGCCAUACCUGGACGACAUCGGCAGACGUACGGAUUUCGUCACAACCAGUCGAGACAGGAUGAAGUCCAAGUUCGACUCCCUGAAGUCCCAUAAAGGACGUGAGAAGUUCGUGCACCACCUGCACGAUCAGUACGGACAGGACACCUACAUCGUGUCGGCUCCAUUUACUAUCAAGAGCAACCUCGGGUCCUUACUGGAGAUUCCUGAGGUGUUGAGGUCUCACAACUCCUCCGCGGUCCCUCUGUUCAUCAACCCUUCCCAUGCCGAGAAGAUGCUGCACGUCUGGAGAAAACUCGGGCUUCAACUGCCCGACGGAGAAACUAAUUUCUCUUCAGGAUUCUACUAUGCGUCCGUCGCCCUGGAGCUGUGUGACCAGGUCAACAUGUACGGGUUCUGGCCGUUCAAUGAGGACAGGGAGGGCCGACCCGUCCGCUAUCACUACUACAAGUCCGUGGACAUGGGAGGACUCAGUAACCACUGGCACGCCAUGGACAAGGAGUUCGAGAAACUACUAGAACUCCACAACAGUGGCGUCUUACAGUUAAUAAGUGGGAACUGUAGAUAGCAGGGAUCAGUGUCAAUUAUGCACUGGAUUUGACAGCGAGCUUAUCAUUAAAUUAUUGAUCUCUAAUUACUGCAGUUUGAUAAAAUUCUGGUGCUAAAGCAAUACGAUUUUCCUGACCAAUGAUAUUGAAUUAAUGAUAAAGCAGCGUUUUUCUGUGGUUUAUGAAUAUCUUCUAAGUUCAAACUUCUCAAUGACAUAUAUUCUCAAUAUCCAUAUGCAAGGACCGACCAGAGUUUUGUGGUUGUAUACUGUCUUUAUUUUCUUUAUUUAGAUACUCUUUACGCAAAUGGCUAGUCUUACAGGGUUUAAGCAGAUAACAUGGAAAAGGAACACACAUAAUGGCACGUAAUGAAAUUUACAUUAUUUACAAACGAAGGGAACGGAAUGGCUUCUUUAUAUUUAGGUAGAUGGACUUGGAAGGUUUGAUAUGUUGUGGUAAGUUGCUCCAAAGGUUGACUGCCCGGUACAGAAAUGUUUUUUUGUGUU